UAAAGUAUUAUAAUGGUGUGAAUGCUUCGUUAAUCAAAGGUUUGACAACUUUAAAUCAACAACUGCACAACUCAUUUUUGCUUUGAGUACUGUUUGGAUGAUUUGAUCAAUUUUGAAAAUGGAAUAAAACAAUGUUAUGUUUUAGCAGUUUUUUUUCCAAGUAUGCUAUGAUGGAAUUAUAAAAUAUAUCAUUCGUCUCUUCAAAAUAUGAAUUAAUAAUGUUAACUAAACAAAUUUAAAAGCAAAUUGGUCGCUUGGCUCUUUCCCCCGCAUGAGGGGGCUCUUCUAUGUUAAAAAGGAAACUGGUCACUCAAGAAACCGUCUAUCUUCUCUGGAGGGAGAGGAAUAACACGUUACACCAUGUGUUUCUCAACCUCGCGAUACAAACUUUAGUCACAUUGACAGGCUCAUCCGGGACAUCUUUUUGGCACAAAGGUUCAAUAAAGAAAGUGCCAAUCUCCUUUCAGUCUGGUAACAUGUAGCUUAUCCAAGUUUCUCAUACUGAUUUUCACGUUUAGAUUCCCCUCAGAUGUUUAUUAUAUUUUGGCCAGCGUAGCUCUCUGCCCCCAACUUGUAGUACUUCUCAUUUCUCAUGUUUGAUGAACCCUUGCAGCUAUGAAGAAUCAAACCAAAGUUUGGUUACGCAUUAUCAUUCGAUCUAAAUCAUAGACAUGAGGAGAUGUAAAGAUUUUUAAACAAAAACCUGGUGAUGGUAUCUAGUAACAGCAGCCCAUAAUCUAUUUAACUGAGAAAGGACUUCUGUGAGAUACGAUUGUACAAAGAGAGAAGCCUUCUUUCCAUCCCAAUGAACAUCAAAUACUUCUUGAACCUUGGGCAGAUGUUUGCAUCGGAUGUAACUCAUAAGCUAAUUAGAGAUAUACAUAAUGAGAGACUUAUAAGAUUGAUUAAGCUACGGUUAAAGCUUUUAGAUUUUAAGUACAACCACUGAAUUUAUCUUCAAGGUGCAGUAAGGACAAACAAAAUAAUCAACUUUGGUGCUGAGAAUAUACACACUACUUAGUCACAACUCCCAAAAACCAAUUGCAUUGAACAACAAACUUAAAAGCAAAAACUAAAGAUCUGUUCAAGAUGCUAAACCUGAAUCUAUUGAUCCGUAAUUACUUCGGUGAUCUAAAACUAAUUAGAAAAGCUAAAGACCAUUAGUUCAUGAAGCAUUUUGUCAGAGUAAUAAUAUGAAAACUCAUUUACAUACAAACCAUAUUAGAAUCAAACAUAUCACGUUUGCUACCACAUUAGCAAAAAGACCUCAAAUCCAGACAAAAGUGUAACUUAAGUUUUAUAAACUAUUUGGUGCUUAGUACCUAACAACAAAUUAUAUGGUUAAGCCCGGAUGAUCAACACAAACUUUCUCUCUAUAUAAAUUAUAAAUUAUAUACCAUAAAGGAAACGAAGAUGAUUAUGAGUUUUAUGAACAUAAUACCUUAGCAUCGAUGAGAAGCAUGUCAACACCCAUCAGCUCCCAACCGCGUUUGACGUUCGGAGUUUACCAAAAUCUUAGCAGUCGCACCUGACGGUGGAAGAACAGCGUUCACCUUUCAAAUCCACGAGAAGAAUGGAUGAGUUAGCCAUUAAACUGAAAAUUAGCAUCGACUGGUUUUAGGAAUUGUGAGGAUGAUUUUCAUGAGAGAGGCGGACUGACCAUUUUAUAGGUGGAUGAACACCGACAGGAAUAGAAGUAAGAAGCAUUGAAUGAUUGGUAGUGCUUGUUGUGGGUUGAAGGAAUAAAGAUGGUUCGUAAUGGUGAUGAAUGGAUGAAUUCGUACACAUUAAGGGUCCAAUUAAGGAAAUUUUGAUUUAAUUUGGGCUUCAUAUAAGGCAUAAAGUCCAUCCAAACUCGAUCAAACCAUUGAGCUAUGCACUUUGGAUCUCCUCUCCUUCAUCUCAUCAUAUGCUUUGCUCUAUCGUCUUCUCUCGCCAAUUUCCUAGCCGCUGCUGCAAGUGUUGCUCAUGUUUUUUUUUGCUGAUUAUGUUCAUUGCUUCUGACGAUCGCGGCGUGUGACAUUUAGGACUAUCAUGAUUUAUUAAUUAACUUCCUAUUGUGAAAAAUACAAAAGUCGUGACUCUAUUUUAUGCAAACUACUUAUUUUUUUGUAACUAAAAUACUAAUCUCUAUUCACAAACAUACUCUCUCUGUUCCUAAGUAUAAGAUUUUUUAGGUAAAACACACUUAUUAAGAAAAUUAUUUUUUUACUGAUUACCUUCUAUUUUAUUUAUUACUUUGACAAAUUUUAUUUAUAUUAAUAAGAUGUCUUAAAUGAGAAAAUUGACCAUUUUUAUUAACUACUUUGACCAAUUAAUCUUAAGUUUUGUUAAUGAAAUUUCCUAAAUAACAAAUUUGACCAUUGUUAUUUUAUUAGUAAGAUAUCCCAAAAUGAUAAAGCUGACCACUUUUUGGAAAUAAAUUUAUUUUUUGAACCAAUAAAACAAAUAACACUUUUCAAAAAUUAAUAACUAAGCAAUAAAAUAAACUUCCGCGUAAAUUUUUGGUAAAAACAUAUCUAAGUUAAUACUGAAAUAAUUUCACAUAAAUGCCCAAUUUUAAAAACGAGACUAAGAUGGUAAAGUAAUAAAAUAGAUACCCCCAUUAAAGUCCUCACAGAUAGUUAAGCAAUGAAAUAAAUCUAGCUCUAAGUUAGUAUAUAUAUGUACAUAUCUAACCUCUUUGGAAAACCCAAAAGUUAAGAAGGUGUGUGAAUAUAAAUACUACGUUCUAUCAUAUUUACAAAACAACAAUAUAUCUUAUUAAUUGUCUCUGUUCUCCUAUUCUCGCAGGGAGAAGAAAGAAAGAUGGUGUCGCGUCGGAGGUUUGCUCAGGUGUCCCCGAGUAACGACGAAGAGGACUUUGUAGCGGAGAUGAGGUCUCAGGGACAGAACUCAAGGAGACCUGAGGAAACAAUGGAGGGAAGGAAGAGGAAGCGUAGGAAUGUAAUCCUGUACGAAGAGUCUGAUGAGGAAGAGAAGGAGACAGAGAGAAAGAGAAAAAAAGAUGACGAGGAAACGCCACCGAAGGAAGUGAAGCCCGAUGUCGUGAAACCGGUUGGUGAGCCGGUUAAAAUUACGGGUAGAGGAAAUGGGAGAAGAACCCAUUACAGGCAGUUAGAGUGCAACGGUAAAAGAUACGAGCUGGAGGAAUCGGUGAUGAUGAAUCCAGAAGGCAAUAUUCUAAAUCCUUAUAUUGCCAUUAUCAAGGAUAUUACCCAAAAACAAGAUGGAAGAAUGAUGAUUCUGGGGCAGUGGUUUUAUCGUCAAGAAGAAGCAAAGAAAAAAGGUGGUGGACACUGGGAAGCAAAUGGUACACGAGAGCUGUUCUACAGUUUCCAUCGUGAUGAGGUCCCCGCAGAAUCUGUGAUGCAUAGAUGCCCGGUGAAUUUUGUUCCACCUCAUAAGAAACUUCCAAAAAAAAAAGGUUUUAUCGUGCGAAAGGUGUAUGAUACUGAUGAUAUGGAGCUGCGGGAGUUGACUGAUAAGGUCUAUGAAGAUGCAAGACAACAUGAAAUCGACCUCUUUGUGGAAAAGUCUGUGUUGCGAUUGGGUGAUCUUCCUGACCUUGAAACUGAGGAAGAUGUAGAGAAGGCUAAAGGAUCUUUUCAGAAAGUAAACAUAACUCCUGUUGACGUUAGAAAGGAGGAAGUUACCUUUCCUAGCUCAUCAGAGUAUCAUUCUAUCUUACAAAAGUUUGAUUCACUAACACAUGACGCUCAUCGUAACAAGUGUUUGGCGAAGCUUCUGGAAGCAGUCCGGAACAUAUGCUCUAACGCUGGUGAUGAAGCAAAUGUGAGUUCAGAUGUAUUAAAGGAUGAGAGUUUUAUCUGGCCAGAUGCUGCUGUUCAUCCCGUGUGUGCCCUUGAGAUGGCUUUAAAUGUUUCUCUUGCAUCAGAUCAUUCUAAAUACAAUCAGAGGAUAAGGUCACUGGUAUUCAAUCUCAAGAACACUGCACUCCUGGCUAGACGACUGCUCAAUGGCCAGUUAGAACCUGAAAAGAUUUUGAACAUGUCACCCUCUGAGUUAAAGGAGGGUCUAACUAAUGAGGAAACAGAAAAGAAUGAGCCUGAUGAUGCGGAACGAAUGCAGAUGACUGAUGUAAGAUGCUUGAGAUGCAGUCAAAUUAAAGUUUGUCUGAGGGAUAUCUUUCAAACUGGGCAUGGAGAUCGCUAUCAGCUGGAGUGUAUUGCCUGUGGAAAUUCCUGGUACGCCUCAAGGGAUGAGAUAUCAAUUCUUGAUGUAGACACUGAACAACCUGCCCGAGGUAGAUGCAGUGAGGCCAUUGAGAAGAAUUUAACCAGUCCUCGUGAAGCUGAGAAGAAAGUGACAGAACAUUCCUUGAAGACAACCAAUGAAUCAAAUGCAGACAACAAUCCUGAAGCCACCAAGAAACCUGAGUGAAGAAAGUAUAUUUACGGUUUAAUACCUUCAACCUUAUUUUUAGGGUGUUGGCUAUGAAAUCGGACUUGGUUAGUCGUGUAAAGCUUAUUUCUGAAAAUAAUUGUAAGACUUUGAUUAUGGGGAUAUAUCAGUUGUCAAUGGAUUUUUAUUUCA